CAGAGAAUAUAAAUACGGACGCUGUCGAUUCACUGUCAAAUCAAACCUGAUACAGACUGAGUUAUAACACUGCUGGGAACAUCAUUUACUAAAGUUAGCCAACAGAUUUGGUAGGUACAUUUUUAUUAUAUAGGCUACUUAUGAGUGAAGGUGGUUGUGUUUUGUGGAAAACUGUCUGAACAUGAGAGUUCCUCUUUCGAUUUUGACAGCGCUGCUAUAACCUUUGCUAUACUGUAUCAAUCAAUAUCACUUGCGCUGAUAUAUGCUGUCGUGGGGGUAAGUCAGAACAUACAGAGUUAGAUAGUUUAAUUCGUCUAGUCAGCAGAAAAUAAUCAACUAGGUCUCUUUUUUAUCUGUUUAAAGAAACGACUGAUUUGUUUUUUACAUUUACUUUUCUCCUCUUGUUUAGGUUUGCAGACAUGGAGUCAGUUAAAGUUGUCAAUAAUCAGGUUUGUGACUUUGACUAAAGUAGUUAAAAAUGAAACAUCAGAACAGAAUAUAACGUACACAAAGUCAAAUAACUCAUCAAAUAACUAACAUGUUCACGUGGCAUUGAUCAUUACUUUUAUUUUUUUAAUUGAUUGGGUGUUUCCUUGUCCAGUAUUGUGAAAUAUCAUAGCAAGUUACGUUUUAUACUAUACUACUGUAGGCAGGACAAGUGUCCCUAGACAUGGAUUCACAAUCAUUAUUUCGCUAAUUACCUCCAGUGGAUAUGGUUUAGAUUUGGGUUGCUCAUGCUAACCUCCUUAGCAACAUGUAACCUAGUAUUUGUUUGUACUUGAGAUAUGUUGUUGACUGAGUGUUCUAACAUCCAUUUUCAACUGUCACCAGAAUGUGGUUGAGAGGGUGGCCAGCCUCCCCUUGGUGAGCUCGACCUAUGACAUGGUGUCCAGUGCCUACUGCACCACCAAGGAUAACCACCCCUACCUCAAGUCCAUGUGUGAGGUGGCCGAGCUGGGGGUGCGAACCAUCACCACUGUGGCCCUCACUGGUGCAGCACCCAUCAUCGGCAAGCUGGAGCCACAAAGUAAGAAUCUAGCCAUCUCCAAAUCUAUAGCAAUCUGGUAUAUUUUCACUGAUGUAGACCUACAUACAGUGGUGGAAAAAGUAUCAAUUGUGAUACUUAAGUAAAAGUAUAGAUACCUUAAUAGAAAGUUACUAAAGUAAAAGUCACCCAGUAAAAUAUUACUUGAGUAAAAGUCUAAAAGUAUUUGGUUCUAAAUAUACUUAAGUAUCAAAAGUAAAAGUCUAAAUCAUUUCAAAUUCCUUAUAUUAAGCAAAGCAGACGGCACCAUUUUCUUGUUUUUAAAAUGUACGGAUAGCCAGGGGCACACUCCAACACUCAGACAUAAUUUACAAAUAAUGCAUUUGUGUUUAGUGAGUUCGCCAGAUAAGAGGCAGUAGGGAUGACCACGUGUUCUCUUGAUAAGUAGACCAUUUGCCUGUCCUGUUAAGCAUUCAAAAUGUAAUGAGUACUUUUCGGUGUCAGGGAAAAUGUAUGGAGUAAAAAGUACAUUCUUUUCUUUAGGAAUGUAGUGAAGUAAAAGUUGUCAAAAAGUAAAGUAAAGUACAGAUACCCCCAAAAACUACUUCAGUAGUACUUUAAAUAAUUUUUACUUAAGUACUUUACACCACUGCCUACAUAUUGAGUUUCAUCUGUUUGAUUCAUUGGUAAAAUCCGGAGACCUAAAAAAACUGAGGUGAACUGUCAAGCCUUUUGUGACGAUGAGAAAAUUGAGUCAGACUUCCUAAUUUGCAAGGAGCAGGAAGUCUGGCCAGUCAUCCCUGAGCUGUUGCUCAACAUGACCUUUUACCCAGUAAUGUCUAUGGCCUUGCCUUGAACCAGUAACACUUAAAAAUAUAAAUUCCUGUGUAGUGCUACAAAUUGUUACUCUGCCUUCCCAACCUUGAAUGUGAUACAUUUAGCUUAUUAUUUUCUGCCCCCAGUUGCCAUGGCCAAUGACCUGGCCUGUAAAGGUUUGGAUAAGAUUGAGAAGACCUUGCCAAUCCUGCACCAGCCUUCCGAGCAGGUACGUGAUGACUCGCUGCCCAGUCUUUACUUAGCGCUGACUGGCAAUGCGACAACGCACUUCACCACGAAUCAAGCGGAUGCCAGUCAGGUUGGCCAACCGUAGAGGGAGGAGCAAUGACUUGGACCCUGGGUGACAACCAGUGACAGGUCACCCAUUUGGAUCUGUCUCUCCCUCUGUCGUAACAAAGUGUCUAGUCAGUUAGCGGUCAUUCAAAAGACAGGGCGCACUUGAAAAUCAGAUGUCAACCUCGAUGUGACUUCACUUCUUUAAAUGAAGGAUAACUGAAAAAUUACCUUUUUUCUCUCGAUCCCAUUCUUCCUGUUUAGAUUGUCGCCAACGCCAAAGAUGCAGUGACCGUCUCCGUCACCGUGGCCAAGGACAGUGUGUCCCACACCUUGACUAGCGCGGUGGACCGGACCAGGGGCGCUGUGCAGGACAGCGUGCAGAUGACCCGGGCUGCGGUCAGCGGUAGCGUGAACACAGUGAUGGAGAGCCGCGUGGCCCAGAUGGUCAGCAGUGGAAUGGACACGGCCCUCACCACCUCUGAGAGCUUGGUGGACCAGUACCUGCCUCGCACUGAGGACGAGUUGGGUGAGUGUCAUGUUUCUAACUUGUGGCUCAGUGGGCUGACAACCAGAGCAUUAGGAUCAGUCAUUGAUACAAUUGAGCUAUGCUGGUGAUAUUUAGCAGGCACUCUUCUCCAGAGUGACUUACAAUCAGUACAUUCAACUAAAGUAGGUUAAACAACCACAUCUAAAUUCAGCAAUGUUCCAGAGAAAGGGGAGUUAAAUCGGCUUCGGUUGAGAUCUCAGAAACUAAGCUUGUUCAGAAGGGCCCAUGUUUUCUAAUGACCAAAUGAGAAAAUGUCUGUUUCUUUGGGGCUGAAGCAUCUUGGUUUGGAGUACAGAUAUGAAUAAAGAGGAAGAAUCCUGUACACAAUGUUUUCCUACAAUCCAAAAUGUUGUCAAUGGACUCUGUGUUAGAAAGUGAACUACUAAUUUACUCAUAAUCCCUUUCCUAGAAUGUGUGAAAGCAUGCGUAGUGAAUGUUAACUUCUAAACCCAUACAAUGUCAGCAUUUACGAUGAUUACAAGAAUGAUUUUAUAAGGCGCUUGAUGUUUUUUUUACACAACUCUCAAAGCAAUGCUUUAUUUCAUGUUCCUCUUUUCAUGUUGACAGAAAUGGAGGCGAAAACAGUGAAAGGGUUCGAUGUGGCCAAGGAUACUCCCAACUACUAUGUCCGUCUGGGCUCUCUGUCUACCAAGCUGCGUAAGAGGGCGUACCACAAGGCUCUGGCCCAGGUCAAAGACACCAAGCAGCGCAGCCAGGAGUCCAUUUCACAGCUCAACCACACUGUGGACCUGGUGAGUGACAUCAAAUUGUGGAAAACGUUAUUGUCCAUAGAAUGUGGACAUUUUCGGAGGAUGAGGAGAUUACCUUCCUUUCAAAAGAUUGAAUAUGAAGAUCCUCAUUAGACUCCUUUACACUGAGACAGAAUACAAACAUACAUUUUGUAUGGAUGGAACAUUAUUUUUUGAAUCUAUUUUGUUUUCAACCCUUUUAGAUUGAUUAUGCCAGAAAUAAUAUUGACGGAGCUAACCAGAAGGUGAAAGGCAAACUGAGCUCCCUGGUCGAGUGGAAAUCUAAUGAGGAAGGAGAUAGCGAUGAGGCCGAGGUAAUGAUCACAUUCUAAAGAGCACUCCACAUAGAAUACUAUUUUAGCCAAGUCAUACUGUACAUCGACCCUCAUUAUAUUUGGCUAAUCAUUGGGGAAAUGCUAUUUUAAUAUGAAGAUACAGGUUCAUUUAAAUGGACUUCCUCAUUUCUCCCCCAGAACAUAGAGUGGAGGACCCUGGCGAUGGCGCGCUCCCUCACUCAGCAGCUGCAGACAACGUGCCUGACACUGGUCUCUGGCCUGCAGGGCCUUCCACAGAACAUCCAGGAGGAGGCCCUGUCCCUCAGCCGCUCUGCCUCGCAAAUCUACUCCAGCUUCAGCAAGGCGGCGGCGUUCGGGGACCUGUCGGAUGGCGUGCUGGCCAGCAGCAAGGCCCAGCUGAGCAAGAUGAAGGAGUCGCUGGAUGACGUCAUGGACUACCUAAUCAACAACACGCCCCUCAACUGGCUGGUAGGUCCCUUUUACCCCCGGCUGGCCCCACCCCCCACCGCUGCAUCCUCCCAGUCCCAGAAGACACCAGCCCCCGCAGAGGUGGAGAUGAAAUCAAUGGACUCUAAGCACUAGCUGCCUUUUUAACGACUUUCUAUCACCUCCCAUAGUAUUGUUCCUACAUCAAACAUCCCUGAUAGUCACACUAAUGAGCCUGCAUUUAUUCAGCAUGUUGAUGAAUAAAUGUUGACAUACUGUUUGACAAUAUUUAGGCAUUCUGACUGAAUGUUGCUCCGUGUGUGCUCAAUAAUCUAGCUACAUUUGCCCAUGCCUUGUCUUAUGCAGCACUGUGCUUUUGAUACUACUGUUUUUCACAUCACUUUAUAUCCUGUUGUAAUCAUAACUUGCCAUAUAGUAGAUCUAGACUCGUGUAAAUGCAUAACCAUGUAUGCUUUCAUCUUUAGACAAUUCUAAUAAAUGGGUUAA